GACCUUCAGCCAGCGGGCUUAUUCAUGGAUAGUCGGUACCAUGAUUCAUGGACGAACCAAUGGAAUUAAGUAUAGCGUGUCUUGGACUUAGGCGCGAAUUUUGGUCAACUGUAUAAUUAAAUAAAAUUUUGAAACUAUAGCUGAUGUCAGUUCUUGAUGAAAAUUUUCAGUUUCAUUCAUAACUUUGAAUUAUGGUCCUGUUUCUUCAUAAUCUAGUUUCUCAUAAUAAUAUGUGACCCUCUUUCGAUCCUCAUAAGUAUGCUUAUUUUCUCAAGGUCACUAGCGUCCUUAAAAGGUUUAUAAAUUGCAGUCCCAUUCUUAGUGUGACAAAGAAUGGAGAAUCCUCACCAUUUUUUCACGGUAGGCGUCAAAGUCGACUUUUGGCGCGCUCCCACUCCUUGGUUUGCUUGGGUUUUUAGUCAAUGAACUGACACUGUUUAGUUGCUAUUGAUAGACAGCUUCUUAGUGAAUAGCGAACGUACGUAUGCAUUACUAGGGUUUUCGUCAUGAACUAACAGCUAGUUUGGUUCGUCCAGAUACUUCAUAUUUAGCUUAUAAUGUACUGGCUUUCCAUGUAUAUAUAUAUAUACUCCUAGCACCACGAUAAUUUGAUAGGUUGUGUAUCUACGUUCAUUCGAGGUCUUUGUAGCGGUGAUAAUGACUUCCCUGGCUUUUUUAAAGCCCGUUUUCGCUGGUCCUAGUUUUAUAUUCUUGUAGUGAGUUUUAGAAACUUCGAACAUAAACUCCUUAGAGAGGUUGGAAAGUCCAGUAACCAACUCUUUGGAGACGCUUUAUAAUAUUAAGGUCUUUAGAGAUACAUUGGCUAGCUACUCGCCUGCAACACUUGUUGAUGUCACACAUAUUCGGGGCUUAAAGUUACGAAAUCGAAGUGACCUCAACAUUCAACUUCUUAGCUGCAGCAUAGUAGUGUAUAUUUGUUUCCAGGUCAUGCAUUAGUUAUUCACGAGUAUUACAGUUCGACAUCAUGAUAAUAAUUCACUAACGAUGAACUGCUGUUCGUUAUGCAUUACUGAAAUCUUGUUAUGAUUAUUUUAAUCUGUCAACUAUUGGUCUAUCCAUUCAUCUAAAUCACCUUAAAGCUCAAACUCACUUGGAUUGCCAUUUAUUUUAAAAAACCUUUACAUUACCUAAGAACACGAAUGUGCACCUUACGGUACAUCACAUUUCACAGACUUCCAUCCAAACUGCCCCGCCUACUUUUUUGUUUGUUGACCACUUAAAUUUCACUAUGCCUGUGGAAUGUCUUUUAUAUCGAAGCAAAAGUGUUUGGGUAUAAUUUUAGUGAUGCUAUGCAGGUAGUCAGAACUUUAGUGUACAUUUUGAUAAAAUAAUUCAGUAAGCUCUUCGCUUUUGGCUUGGCCUGACGAAAUUAUAUACUUCAUGUUUUUCCAGUUAAUUUACGUUUAUUUUGGAAUUGGAGCUGUUAAUAUGUACCUUCAUGUUUUCAAACACCUGAAAGAUAGUUUAAAUUCUCUUGCUUUUCAGAUAUCGUAUCACUAUGUCAUUCUUAGCAACUGGAUCGCUCAUAGUUUUCGGACUGUUUUUUAUAUUUAAAGGCUUGCGCAGGCACUUUCGUUUCGAAAUCGAUAAAAGCUCAGGACACUAUGGGGGCGAGCUGGUUGCAGAUGUCCUGAAGGCGCAUAAUGUACCAUUUAUUUUUACGCUUACUGGAGGCCACAUAUCACCGAUAUUGGUUGCUUCAGAAAAAGAAAAUAUACGUGUGAUAGAUGUAAGAAACGAAGCUUCUGCUGUCUUUGCUGCUGAUGCUGUUUCAAGACUUUCUGGUUCCGUUGGUGUAGCUGUUGUUACAGCAGGUCCUGGUCUUACUAAUACGGUGACAGCAGUGAAGAAUGCUCAGAUGGCUGAAUCUCCUGUAGUCCUUCUAGCUGGAGCUGCUUCUGGACUUUUACGUGGUCGUGGAUCACUUCAAGAUAUCGACCAGCUUGCUGUGUUCCGCCCAAUUUGUAAAUGGUGCAGACGUAUAGAUUACGUCAGAGAGAUUAUCCCUGUUCUUUGUGAAGCAUUCUAUAUUGCACAAUCGGAUACUCCCGGACCAGUUUUAGUUGAGUUUCCGAUCGAUCUGUUAUAUCCAUAUAAAUUGGUUGAACAGCAUACUAAAUUGUCUGACAAAACAAAUUCUUUAAGGCAGAAAAUUGUAAAUUGGUAUCUACGUUUCUAUCUUUUCAAUUUAUUCGCCAAUGGUUUCUCAUCGAAAUCACAUCCAUCCAAAACAAACGGUUUAGAUGGGAUUGUUGUCAAAUCACCGAAAAUUCCGCUUCCAUCUAAAAGACAAGUAAAGAAAUUAGCUCAGCUGAUAAAACUUUCUGAAAAGCCAAUCUUACUUAUCAGUAGUCAAGCUGUUUUACCUCCGAUUUCAGCUGAAGAGACAGCUGUUCAUGUUCAAACCUUGGGGAUACCUACUUACAUGUCAGGUAUGGCUCGUGGUCUUCUUGGUCGAGAUCACCAACUUGGAUUUCGUCAUGCCCGUCGUACUGCACUUCGUGAAGCUGAUCUAAUUAUUCUCGCAGGUGCCAUUUGUGAUUUUCGUUUAGAUUAUGGUCGUGUGUUAAAUCGAAAAGCGAAGAUUGUUGUAAUUAAUCGAAAUAAGAAGAACUUAUAUCUUAAUGCUGACUAUUUUUGGAGACCAUAUCUAACAAUUCAAGCUGAUGUUGGUACAACCCUAAGAGAUUUAUCACUUGAACUACAAAAUUCUACUAAUAAACUAAAUUGUUCCACUGAAUGGUUAAAUAUUUUAAAAUCACGUGAAAUAAAACAAGAUGAAGAGAUUAAACUAAGCUGUCAAGUAGAAGGUAUUGAGCAUAACAAUCCACUUUCCGUUCUCUGGAAGUUGGAACAUUAUGGUCUACCAACUGAUUCUUCCGAAGAUAGUAUUAUUAUUGCUGAUGGUGGAGAUUUUGUAGGAUCGGCAGCAUAUAUUGUACGUCCAAGAAAACCGUUAUCUUGGUUAGAUCCAGGACCAUUUGGGACGUUAGGUGUUGGUGGAGGAUUCGCAUUAGGUGCUAAACUAUGCCGCCCAAAUGCUACUGUCUGGGUUAUUUAUGGUGAUGGUUCAGCAGGAUAUAGUUUAGUUGAAUGGGAUUCUUUAGCACGUCAUCAUGCUCCUGCAAUUGCUGUUAUUGGUAAUGACGCUUGUUGGUCACAGAUUGCACGUGACCAAGUUACGUUUUUCCGAUCCAAAGUUGGAUGCCAGUUAAACUACACACCAUAUGAAGUAAUUGGAUCAGCUUACUGUAGAAGUGUUGCUCCUGUAUCAGAUAAUUUCAUAACUAAUAAUAGCAAUCCGGUUAAUGGUUUCUUAGUUGACAAACCUCAGUUGGAACAAAUAGUUCAUAUAUUUGAUGAGGCUAAACGACUUUCAAAUAAAGGGAUACCAUCUGUUGUAAAUUGUCUUAUCUCCGCAAGUAGCUUUCGAGAAGGCAGUUUGUCUGUUUAACACACUGUACCUAGUAUUUGUUUUUUGUAUAUGAAUUUUACGUUCAUUUCUGACCAUGUAAAUUUCGCCUUACUAUUAUAUCUAUUUACUAAUAUAUAUUUUUCAAUAAACAUAUAUCUUCACU